CCUCUUUGCGUAGAUAACUUGCAAAGAUACACCGUAGGCGUCUGCAGAGAAGGUGUUGAGGGAAGACCAGCCGGGAUAUAGGAUGCCUGAGAGAUAGACAAGCCUAAUGACGCAACGAGUUUACUCAAUACAGCUUGAAAUUGUGAGGGACAGGAUAAUACUUGCAGGGUUUCCUAUGACCAAAAGCAGGCUGAGGGCUCGGAAACUAACAGAUAUAACGUGACAGGCGCACAGACCCUCUUCCGAGUUCUGGAAAUAGGCUUCUCCGGACACCAGGGACCAACAAACUUUCAUGAUGGCAUACAUUAUAUUACUUUUUCUACCUUGUGUUCUCAGUGCACGGGCGCGCACAUUAGUCCCUGGGUAUGAAACAGUCAUCUCCAAAGAGCCAUACAGGGAGAGCCGGAAAGUUCUUACUACGACGGGCAAAGAAUGUAAAUUCCCAUUUCGUCAGGGUGGAAGGAUUCAUCAUCACUGCAUCACCAUCCUAUCCUCAAGACCAUGGUGCUCCCUCACACAUAAUUUUGAUCGGGACCGGCAGUUUGGCUUGUGUGCGCCGGAGAAAACUCAGCCGGAUGUUUUUGUCCACACGUCACGCAGAAUUACAGAUCCAUGUCAGGUGAAUCCAUGUCAGAACGGCGGCGUCUGCACGCUGAGCCCACACAGACGCUCGUUUGUGUGCUCCUGUCCUGAGAGCUUCACUGGGAGACUCUGUGAGCAGAAAAAGUGCUAUGAAACCGUACACCUGCGCUAUUAUGACACUGGAGAGUCUUGGGGACGAAUUCACCUCCGUAAUGUGGAACAGUGCACAUGUGUGGCAGGGGAAAUCAAGUGUGAAAGAGUCCGCUACACAAUGUGCCGUUCAAACCCUUGUCAGAAUGACGGAACGUGUCGACUGAUCACAGCCACCGGCAAGGAAGUGUGCAACUGCAGACGUGCCUACAGCGGACCGUACUGUAGCUUGGAGCCGGAGACAGAGUGCUAUAACAGCAGGGACACAGGUUACCGAGGGGUGGUGGGCAUCACGGUGUCCGGCGCCCGGUGUCUGCCGUGGAACUCAGACCUGCUGUAUGACGAGCUCCAUGUGGGCACGGUGGUUGCUUCACCCCUCAGGGGCCUCGGGGAACAUGCCUACUGCAGAAACCCAGAUGGGGACAAGAUGCCAUGGUGCUACACACUAAAUGACGGCGCCAUCUCCUGGGAGUACUGUGACGUCCCCUCCUGUGUGAUGUCUGUGUGGGAGAAUCUGCAAGGGGCAAAAUCGAAAAUAUUCAGAAGAGCUUCUUCUCGGAGGAUUGUCCCUUUGAAUGUCCUGCCCGACAUUAAAAAACCCAACCCCUCCAAGCCAGCCAAAAAGCCUGUGUGUGGGCAAAAGCACAAGAAGAGGUUAUCAAUAGCUAGGGGGCGGAUAAUGGGCGGAAACUCAGCACUGCCAGGUACUCACCCCUGGAUGGCAGCCAUUUACAUCGGACAGUCAGACUUCUGCGCCGGCAGCCUGAUCGCCUCUUGCUGGGUCGUCUCUGCGGCUCACUGCUUCUUCCGCAACCCCCUGAAGUCCCAGCUUCGUGUGGUGCUCGGCCAGCAUGGUUUCAACGUCACCGGCCCCAACACCAGGACAUUCGGAGUGGAGGACUACAUCUUUCCAAAACAGUUCUCAGUGUUUAAUCCAACACUACAUGACAUUGUGCUGAUCAAGCUGAAGAAGGAGGACGGGCGGUGUGUGAAGAGAACCCCGUUCAUCAGUCCCAUCUGUCUUCCAGACACAAGCAUGACGUUCCCCGAUAACUACUGCUGUGCUAUUAGCGGCUGGGGACACAUGCAUGAGAAGGCAAAGGAUUACUCUAGUCUGCAGGAGGCUGGAGUGAGACUGAUUCCUCAAGACACUUGCAGGAAGCCAGAAGUUUAUGGCAACCAUGUCACUGCUGACAUGUUUUGCGCGGGGCUCAACGGCUGUGUCGACGCCUGCCAGGGCGACUCUGGGGGCCCUCUGGCUUGUGCGAGGAAUGAUGUCAGCUUCCUGUAUGGGAUCAUCAGCUGGGGAGAGGGCUGCGGCCGCUCUGGAAAACCCGGUGUUUACACUAAAGUGGUGAACUAUAUCAAUUGGAUCAAUUCAGUGAUCAAACGCAAACCCAAGGCUUCGUGAUUGGACAUUACCGGGACAUUAGCUUUAAUAUAUAACAUAUUAUACUAUAUUGUAUUCUAACUUUAUUUGUAAUGCUUGUGGAAGUUUAUAGGUUAUAUUUUUUAACUGUGAAACAUUUUGUGACCGAAUAAAGCUUUACUGACUUUA